AUGCGUGCCUCCGUCAUUAUCCUCGGCUUCCUCGCCACUCUCACUGUCGCGCUCCCUGAAGCAUACCCUAAAGCCGAAAUCGCCUGCCAAUCCGUCUCGAUGGCCUGCAUAGCUGCUAACUGCGCUGUUGAAGGGUGCUGCUGUGAGGGACUCACUUGCGGAUCCAACGGUGUAAGUACCUAA